AUGUUCACAGAAAAGUAAACAAAUGCUUUAAAUGCCCGAUGAUGAAUAUACCGACGUUUUUAAUUCAGUAUUAAAUAUUAUAUUUAAAACCAUAUAAACAUUCUACUUCUAAUUUUUUAAAAAUUGAAAUACAAUAUUUUUAUUAAUUACUGAUUUAUUAAACUUGGCUUUAUUUAACAAUGGAUUUAUCAGCGUUUUCUAAAGAUGAUUUUGAUCCAAAAGAAUGGAUCAAUAAAACAUUUCAGUGUGCAGAAGCUAAGGAAAAUAAAGAAGAAUUUGCAACUACAAUAGUCGCCAAACUUCAGUCAUUUAUUCAAGAAGUAAAUAUAUCAUUGGAAAAAACUGCUGAGCAAGUAAAUCAAAAUAUCCCCAGAAUUGCAAGAGAAAUUGAAGUCAUGCAAAAUGAAGCAAGAUUACUGCAACAACAAAUGAGCAAUGUUAAAGGCGAUGUUAUGAAGGUUGAAUAUGAUUCAUCACAAUCUAUGCAAGUUCUGCUUCAGAUAGAUCAUGUCAAAUCCUGCAUGCAAGAAGCAAGCAAAGCUCUUAGAGAAGCUGACAAUUGGACUACAUUGUCUGCAGAUGUUGAAGAAGUGUUUGAAAGUGGAGAUAUUAAUACAAUUGCUACAAAACUAGUAGGAAUGCAGAACAGUCUGGAAAUAUUAGCUGAUGUACCAGAUUACCAUCAAAGAUGUAUGCGGUUGGAAAGUUUAAAAGAUAGGUUGGAAGUAAUGAUUAGUCCUCAGUUAAUUGCUGCAUUCAACACACAAUCUAUAGUAUCCGAUGUUGGUUUGAUGUAUAUGAAGAUAUUCAAAGAUAUUAAAAGAUUAAAUACUCUUCAGAAGCAUUACCAUACUUUCCAAAAGGAACAGUUACUCAAGCAAUGGAAACAAAUCGUUGAAACAGAUCCAGAUGAGACUAUAAUGGAUUGGCUAAAUAAUUUUAAUGAUCUAUUAUUAUCAACCUGGCAUUCACAAAUGACAUGCUGCCAGCAGUUACUCCCUGAUAUCCCUGCAGUGCAAGUUUUAUCUGAAUUGUUUGUAGAUGUUUUGACUAAUUUAGAUCCUUCACUGACCUUUUGUAUCGAUGCUGGAAUGAGAUUGCAUUCCAGUCAAUUACAGUGCCUGAUUGAAUUGAAACAAAUUACAGAUAGAUUGGCAAAAAGUUUAGAAAUAUCCAUUCAUGCCAUAGAACCUAAAUUUUUCAAUGAUCCUCAUCUUAUCCUUCUUGUAAAGACAAUUUAUGCACCUUACCGCCCUCACAUUGAAAAGUAUGAUUAUUUGGAGGAGCAACAAUUGUUGUCAUCACUGAAAGCAUUAGCAUUGUCUGAAGACUUGGAAGAUAGUGUCCGCAUAUUGGGUGAUUCACUGAGCAAGGUUUUCUGCCUGAUUCAAGAGGCUGAAAGUAGAUGCCAUCAAUUAACCCAAGGUUGUGGCUAUGUGAGUUUUCUAAGAGCUUUGGAGGGCUUUAUCUCUGAAUAUGCUGGUCAUUUCCGAUGCUUGUUGAGGCUUUUUAGAAACCACAUGCGACCAGACAGAAAUAGUACAGAUAAUUGGACAGUUUUUCAACAAUCUUUGCAUGCUACUCAAGUUAUAGGGGAAGCACUGAUGCAGUUAGAAGGCCUGCAAGUUUUGUACAUUGGAAACGUUCAAGAGAUUGGACGGAAGCUUGGCUAUUAUUCUCCUACUGAAGAAAAUUCUGUGAACCCUUUUCAUGCAUAUGAUGAUAUUUUGUUAUCAAUAUCUGCAAAGCGGGAGCUUCAACAAAUGAUAAAUAUGUUACAAGAAGACAAAAGUGCUAGUCCUUUGAAAAAAUCACUUCAAACAUUUAGAAAGCUCUGCACUGACGCUGGCUCCUUAAUUUCCGAUUUGGUCUUGCAACAAGCUCAAGUUCAUUUACAGAAAGUUCCUUAUUUAAAGGUGUGGAGUGAAGAUGCUGGAAGUGCAGUUGUUGCUGAUUUACCAGAAUUCAGUCUUACUCCUCAAGAGUACAUAACUGAGGUUGGGCAGUAUCUAAUGACCAUUCCACAGCAUAUUGAACCUUUCAUUUUGAGAGAUAAUCCAGGACUACACACAGCUCUAAAGAAUUGUAAUAUGCCUCAUGGAUUGGAGCAAGAUAAUAGUAGUAAUGUGGCAGAUUAUUUGUUGGAGUGCUUAGCUAGGAGAAUAGCUGACAGCUAUUGUGAAAAUAUAUUGAAAAUAUCUCAUUUGAAAAGUAAUGCAUGCAGCCAGCUUGUGACAGAUUUAAGUUAUUUUUGUGAUGUGCUAGACGACCUGGGUCUCACCCCAUCGACAGAUCUACAAACUCUUCUAACUCUUCUUAAAGCCAAGCCUGAUAAGUUUGAAUCUGAAGCCAAAAACAAACCUCCUCUGAUUGUGCGCAAAGUGAGCGCAAUGAGAAAAUUAAGAGUGCAGUGAUGUAAUCUAGCUUUUCAAGAGAUGACAUUUAUUUUUAUAUCCCCCUGUAAAUAUGAUGAACAAAAAUUUAUGCUGAAUUACAUGGAAGGAGGUGUACUGGAACAAAGCACUGUUUAUGUUUGGAAUAAAAUUGUUAAAUUUUCA